AUGUGACCAGUUUGUCUACGAGGAAGCAGUCGACGCAUCUUCUUUGCGGCGAGUUUGAUGAUCUUUCUCAGAGAAGGUCACCUGCAGCAAUGUUGACCCCAAGAGGUCAUGUGCUUGCUCAGCUGCUGCUGCUAUGGAUAUUGAGCAGCCUCUCAGAGUCACAAGUCUUCUUGAAUGCGCCUGAGGAGAUAAUGGUGGAACAACUUUCUAGUGCCAAUGUCACCAUCACCUCAAGUGCGCCGCUCCAGCAGCUGGUGGUGAUCAACGUCAGUGUGUCCUACAGCUCGAAGAGCAACUCCUCGCUGAUCAUCAGCCUGCCAGAGGAGGUGUUGAUGCCACCUGAGACAACAUCGGUGGUGUUCACAGCGACGGCCCACAGUGUGGGUCAGGUGACCGCGUAUCUGCUGAGCAACAACACAGAGAUCCAGAGCUGGUCUUCUAGGCUGCGCUUCCUGGUGGUCCAUAGCAAUGUGUUGGCUGUCUUCAGUCAGGUGGUUGGUUGGAUGUACUUCGUUUCCUGGUCCGUGUCCUUCUACCCGCAAGUGUGGGACAACUGGAGGCGUAAAAGUGUGGUGGGCCUCAGCUUUGACUUCCUGGCGCUCAAUGUGACCGGCUUCAUUGCUUACACCGUCUUCAACGUCUGUCUUUUCUGGGUGGUUCCCAUCAAGGAGCAGUUUAUCCAGAAGAAUCCCAAUGGACUUAACCCAGUGAAAGCCAACGAUGUCUUUUUCAGCCUGCAUGCCCUCCUGCUGUGUUUCAUCUACAUCUUCCAGGCCACCAUCUAUGAGACCGGGGGUCAGCGGGUGUCGUGUACGGCCCGCCUCCUGCUGCUGAUUGGCUGGUUGUUCGCAGGCAUCUGCUUGUUUGUGGCGGUGGCCGGAUACCUCAGCUGGCUGGACUACCUCAUCUACAUCUCCUACAUCAAGCUGGCCGUCACGUUGGUCAAAUACAUGCCACAAGCCGUCAUGAACUACCGCAGGAAGAGCACGGUGGGCUGGUGCAUCGGCAAUGUGCUCCUGGAUUUAAGUGGCGGUGUGCUGAGCAUCUUGCAGAUGAUCAUCGACGCGUACAACAACGAACAGUGGGAGCUCAUAUUCGGUGACCCCACCAAGUUCGGUCUGGGCCUUUUUACAGUGGCCUUUGACCUCAUCUUCAUGAUUCAGCACUACUGCCUGUACCGAAAAGACCCGCAGUACGAGGAGGUCCAGCCGGCACAACAUCACUGACCACACAUUAGUACUGGACUCGUGUAUAUGUAAAACUAAGCAACACGCACUUAAAUGUUGAUCACAUGCCUGGAAUGUGGUUGUCAAUUCCAAUUUUCAAAUUAAAACAUAAAAGCACAGCA